AUGCAAACAUCAGUAGAGAAAUUAGACGAACUUUAUAAAAAUACAGAGGAAUUGUAUAAGUCGCUUAAAGAAAUAAGAAUGUUAUUAGACAAUGUAAAUGAUAAGUCAUUAAGUAUGAAAAGUAUUUCAGAUAGAAUGAAGAAGUCAAAUGAUCUUUAUAAAACACUUAUUAAUAAAUUGAAUAAAUAA